CGCGAGGGACCCGGAGGCAGCGGAUAGGCGUGUGGGAUCCGGAGACUUGCGCGGUAUUCAUCGCGGCGGUGCGAGCGGAGCUCACCGGCGGCAGCGGGCUCGUCGGCUUCUCCGGCGCCGGCCCGGGAUAUUUUCAGAACACCCCCUGGUUCGGAUCGCUAUCAAUAAUCGCGAUCCGAAUCAGGGGUCAUUUUGUAAAUUUUGGGAUUGGUAAUUUUCGUAAAAGCCCUCUAAAUCGGAUCGCGAUCAAUAAUCGCGAUCCAAACUAGGGGCUUAGUUGAAAAAUACGGAUAAAUUAGUUACACAAAACCCCCUGGUUUGGAUCUGGGGUCCUUUUGUAAAAUAUCACCGCCGUCCACCAGCUCCGGCCAGCGCCGACACCGCCCUUCGCCUUUCGCGUGGCCCGCUGGCCUUCGCCCUCCGCCUGCCCACGCUGCUCGUGCCACCCUGCCCGCCGCGCGUCUCAGUAUGCAGGUGCCUUAAUCUGACUCCAGGGCGGCGGCACUCGCGGUGACGGACGAGGUGACGGUUCCGAUCCGGGCGGUGGGGGAUCUGGCCGCAGCCGCCGACGUCUCGCGCGAGGAGGUGGCCGUCAUCACCUAGUGCGCUUCGCUCGGUUAGCAUCUCGCCCCCCACUUUUUGUUGACAAAGCUCGAAGUUCGUGUGUGGAUUGUAUGGAUUCAGAAACCGAUCGAUUAUCCCCCCUCCUCCCUGGAUGUUUGAAAUAGCGUGCCUUGUUGUUUGAUUUUGUUGCAACGGGUGCUUCACCAAUCAAAUUCGGAAUGCACGUUGAGUUCUUAGGAUUUCAUACAUUAAUUGGAAUUAGGUCAUCAUCUAUACUUGUGUGAGUAUUGUGGAACUGCAGGCACGAGGCACUGAUUUUGGAUAUAUGUAAUGACUAGUGAUGUGGAGGCGAAGUUAGUUGAUCCUAACUUUUUGGUCUGUAAUGUUUAUUCCAGUGGUAUCUCUGCUUUCUGUUGCUUAGAAUGGGAAAUUUUCACUUACGUAACAGGGGAGACCUUUAUGUAACAAAAAGUUGAAUCCCUAUUUCUGAUGAUUGCAUUUUUAUCCAAUUUGGGAAUCUGCAUCGCUCCCAAGGUUGCAAUAAUUGAAUCCAUGGAUAUCCCUCGGAAACUUGUUCAGAGUUGAAGGUUUCUUUGUAGUUUCUGACUUGAUGGCUCAUGCGUUUUCUAUCGAUCCUUCACACGCAAUGGAAGACAUUGGAGGGAAAAUGAAGAAGAGUUUAUGUAUACAGACCAACCAGAAAAGAAAUCGAGGACAAUAAUAUGUGAAAAGGAAUCGAUUUUUUAGCCAUGGAUGCUUCGCGGCUAUGAAUUUGAGCAGGUGUCUUUUUGCAUGCACAAGCCAGGUGGGAAGUUGCCUUUUGAUGAUGGUUCAGUUGGCGCUGUUCUUGCUGUCGUAGAAAACGAAAGCUUGAGGGAACAGUUGGUUGCUGAAAUUAGCCAGGUUCUGAAAGCUGGCGGAAGAGUACUGGUGCCGAGCUCUGCACCUUCCUCCAGUCAGAAGCCAAACACUGAUAUUGAACGCAAGCUACUGAUGGGUGGAUUUGUUGAAGUGCAAGCUUCCACUGCAAGCUCACAGGAUAAUGUGCAAUCUAUUAUCGUGAGUGGUCUAAAUGUUAUGGCAAAGAAGGCCAGCUGGAGCAUGGGUUCUUCUUUCCCCCUUAAGAAAGCAACAAAGGCCCUUCCUAAGAUUCAAAUUGAUGAUGACUCGGAACUUAUUGAUGAAGACAGCCUCUUGGCUGAGGAGGACCUGAAGAAACCACAACUUCCAGUUGUUGGGGAUUGUGAAGUGGGGGCAUCAAGGAAGGCAUGCAAGAACUGUACUUGUGGCAGGGCUGAGGCUGAGGCAAAAGUAGAGAAGCUAGAGCUCACUGCCGAGCAGAUCAAUAAUCCUCAGUCGGCUUGUGGCAGUGUAGUGUGGGUAUGUGGGUUGGGUGAUGCCUUCCGAUGUGGCACCUGUCCGUACGGAGGUCUCCCCCCAUUCAAGCCUGGCGAGAAGGUUUCCUUGUCUGGCAACUUCCUUGCCGCAGACAUAUGAUGGGUAUCAGAUACAACUAUACAAGUGAACGUCGGCAAGAGCAGAAGAUUGAGAUUAUCUUUGUCAAUUUGUUCGUUUGUUUGGACGUCACGUCGGUAGUUAAGUGGUGAUUCUCACAGGACGAACAAAUGAAUUCGAAGUAGCCCUGUUGGCCUAUGUGUGCGUGUGGCAGAUUGAGCAAUGCGCAUCACCGAUGAUGUACAUAACUGAGGCGGGCAACAUAAUUUGUUUGACCUGAAGGGAUGACAUACACGUAAUGA